AUGCCAGGAAGUGUUUACUCGAAAAAUUGGUUCACAAAGGUCAUGGAUAGUAGCGCGGCUGAAUCGCGUAAAGAGCAAAAAGAUGCGUCAAGAAGCGCAAAAAAAGAAGAGGCGCUGAGGGAACAGAGAUUGAGGGAUUUUUGCUCUGAAAGUAAGAGAGAGGCACCCUGGAGUUCGGUUAAUAGCAGGGGGUCUGCUGGUGGCGAGGGGAACAAGGAGAGCGCGGAGACUCGAUGGAGGUGA